AUGCAUCUCUCAGAGCUCUUGUCCGAUCGCAAAGCAAACCACGUCGAAGAAGACCGCACGAGCCCUUCCAAGCUAAAUGUGGUCCUCCAGCAUGGUCCAUGCUCCUCUUCAACACGCCAGUACAAGCCAUCACAUGUGGAUCUCUUCCGUCAGGACCAAGCCCGUGUUGAAUACAUCCAUCACCAGGCUGCCAACACCACCGCCCGCCUCAACAUUAUUGGCCACUCUCUUUUUGUAGGAGUUCCGACAUUUGCUGGUUAUUCAGUUGGUCUCUUCACCUAUAUCAUCAAUAUAGGCCUUGGCACCCCUACCAAGUACUUUACAGUUAUGUUUGACACUGGGCCUGACAAAGUUGGAUAUCUAGAACUAGGUAGCCCAGCCCGUGGUGUGACGUACACACCGAUGCUAACAAACCCAAUAUUGCCAUCCUUCUACUUCGUUAAUCUCAUUGCCAUUUUUAUUGGGGGUGAACGGCUUGACAUUUCACCUACUAUAUUCAAUAGCCCUGGAACUAUUUUGGACUCUGGCACACCAUUUAGUCGCUUGCCACCCACUACCUACUUCGCCCUACGUAGCAUUUUUCGAAAAAAAAUGUCUAAUUACCUUAUGGCACCUCCAUUAUUUAAUCUUGACACAUGCUAUGACCUUACUAACAUCGAGCAGGUGGUGGUGCCAAAUAUUUCUUUUGUCUAUGAAGGUGAAGUGACGACUAACUUGGAUAUCUCAGGGAUCCUUUUUCAAGCCAGUGAUUAUCAAUGGUGCUUAUCAAUCGUUGGAAGUAGGGAUAACAGUGAGCUUAUUAUUAUUGGUAGUAUGCAGCAACGCAGGUUUAAUGUAGUCUUUGAUGUGGGGAACUCACAAAUUGGCUUUGGGAUAAAUGGUUGCAGCUAG